AUGCUGAAGAACGGCCGCUUCUUGGACUCACCCCUUCAGCUCACGCUCUUCUGCCACGGCAGGUACCACGCGCGCGGGGCGAUUGAGACCCUGCAGAAGAAUGCACUGGCCGACCUCACCCUGCCGAACCUCACUCCCAAGGAUCUUGAGGUGUCUGCUGGGCCGUCCGGCUCGCUCGAGAAUGGCCGCAUUAGCUGCCUACGCUUGCGCUGGAGCCUGAACGCUUGGUACAAGGCCCGCGAGAAUGGCAUCGACCUGCAAGAGGAGAUGGAGGAAGUGCGCGUUCAGCUUGUCGCCAAGCGAGUGGCGGCCUACUGGGCAUGUGGCGCCAAGGUGGACCAGCGCUGCCACGUCAAGUUCACGUUUGUCGCUCCGGGUCCGGGCGAGGGUAGGAGAAUGUAUCCUCUCACCCAGUCGGAGGCAGAGAGGUGGGUCGAGCAGCUGGUGAAGCAGCGUGGGCACUGCCUGAAGACGAUGAAGACUGCAGGCUUCCACCGCAACAAUGCCGGUGAGGUCGGCAGCGCGUUGGUGGUCGUGCACAGUCCGGCUGCUGUUCAAGAUUUGCUGGACCACUUCACCCAGCAAAAGCCCAAGCUGAUGGAUCACUCCGUCUACUUUUCGCGUUCGGCAACGUGCAUUCCAACCGACGAGCCCACGACCAUCGUCAGCAUCGAUCAGGGUAGCGUCAGCGACACUUACCUGUUGGAAGAUCUGCGCGGCUGGGUCGCGGCAUUCAACGCGCAGCACGGCAUGCAAGAGUUCCUGAAGCCCGUGGACCAUGGUGGCAACCUGUUGUCUCGCGUGCACGACCGGCACGUCGUAGCUGUGCCUUCCUCGGUCGGUCUUGCCGAGUACAUCGCCAGCCAGCCGAUGUACGCCGGGCACGCGUGGGAGCUGGCGUUCGACCUGAACGACUUCAAGCUUGUGCCACGCCGUGACCGCGCAGUCAACGAGGAGGAGGCUGUCGCGACUCAGCAGAAGCUUGCUGGCGCAGUUCACCGAGCCACGGUCAAGCUGGACGUCGUUCAGCACGAGGUUGAAGAUGCAGCGAAGACAAUGUCCACGCACACCAUCAACCUUCGCACCUUCACUUCCGACCUGUACUCGAACCUGCAGCAGAUGUUCAGGAACCUGUUCCGCAGGGACUCUGCCGACCAAGACCGUCUCGUCUUCACCAUGCGGAUCGACCUCAUCGAGGCGGAGCUCAGGUAUCUCGACCGCGAGAUUGCCAUCUACGAUGAGGUUGUGGCCAUUUGCGGAGCCGAGUCUGCGGCCGCGCAGCAGCUCCAGCCACGGGUCGAGCGGUCCAAGAAGGACAAGGAGGAGCUGAAGCGCCAGCUGGAAACCCUCGAGUACCUGCGCCGCACGCAGGGUGUGCACCGGGACACAGUGAUUGCACUCGCCGACCACACCGGUCUGGGUCUCACUCGGCCCCCGGCGGUCGCAGAGCCUGACAGGCCUCAAACUCCGUCGUAG